CUUUUCGACGUAACUGAUGACACGUUCUUAUGCACUUUAAAGAAUACCGGCGUGUCAGAAGUGUUUUACAUUAGGAAAAACAGCCUUGAAGAUGCUUAAUUUAUUAAAUUUAAUUGUUGUUUUAGGUUUUUGUUCUGUAGUCUUCUGUGGUGAUGUAUUAGAUUUUUCAGGGCCCGAUUUUGAAGACCGGGUUACAGAACACGACGCUAUAUUAAUAGAAUUUUUCGCACCUUGGUGUGGUCACUGCAAAAGAUUAGCACCCGAAUAUGAAAAGGCUGCUUCUGAAUUAAAAAAAGCUGAUCCAGCAAUUCCUUUAGCUAAAGUUGAUUGCACUUCUGAUAAUGGUAAAGAUACAUGUCAAAAAUAUGGAGUCAAUGGCUAUCCUACUUUAAAAAUAUUUAAAAAUGGAGAGUUUGCUUCAGAAUAUAAUGGACCUAGGGAUUCAGAUGGUAUUGUUAAAUACAUGAAAGCGCAGGUUGGUCCUAGUUCAAGAGAACUGCAAAGUUUGGAAGAUGUUGAAAAGUUCUUGAAAGAAGAAGUUGUUGUCAUUGGUUACUUUUCCGAUUCGUCAAGUUCUCUUAAGGAUGAAUUCUUGAAAGCUGCUGAUAAACUUAGAGAAUCAGUUUUAUUUGGUCAUACAUUCAACAAAGAAGCUUUAGAUAAAAAAGGACUUUCAGAUGAAAUAGUCUUGUAUCGUCCGAAAAAAUUCUGGAAUAAAUUUGAAUCCAAUGAAGUCAAAUAUACUGGAUCUGCUGAUAAGGAAGAAAUUAAGUCUUUUGUGAAAGAUAACUACCAUGGUUUAGUUGGCCACAGAACGCAUGAUAAUCAUGAUGAUUUCAAGGCUCCUUUGAUAGUAGCUUAUUAUGAUGUUGAUUACGUAAAGAAUGUCAAAGGUACAAACUACUGGCGUAAUCGCGUUAUGAAAGUAGCUCAAAGCUAUAAAGGGGAAAUAACCUUUGCUGUUAGCAACAAAGACAAAUUCUCUGCAGAGGUUGAAGAUUUUGGAUUAAAAGCUGCUGGAGAUAAACCUGUUAUUGGUGCACGAAAUGCAGCUAAUCAGAAAUUUAAUAUGAAAGAAGAAUUCAGUGUUGAAAGUUUUGAAGCUUUUGUGAAGAAAUUCUUGGAUGGCUCUCUUGAACCACAUUUGAAAUCGGAACCUCUUCCAGAAAAGAAUGAUGGUCCUGUCAAGGUCGCUGUUGCCCAAAAUUUUCAAGAACUAGUUAUUGAUAAUGAUAAAGACAUAUUAAUUGAAUUUUACGCACCCUGGUGUGGGCAUUGCAAGAAAUUGGCACCAACCUAUGAAGAGCUUGGAACAACUAUGGAAAAUGAAAAUGUAGAAAUUGUGAAAAUGGAUGCUACAGCCAAUGAUGUCCCUCCUUCAUUUGAAGUCCAUGGAUUCCCUACUUUAUAUUGGGUUCCAAAAGAUUACAAGUCCAGUCCAAAGAAAUAUGAGGGUGGCAGGGACCUGAAAGACUUCAUCUCUUAUAUUGCAAAACAUGCUACUGAAGAACUUAAAGGCUUUGACAGAUCUGGCAAACCUAAAGCAAAAGAAGAACUGUAGAAUAUUUUCAGUUCCUAGGGGUGAUAUAUGAAAAUAGUUUGUGUUAAGCAUCAUUCAUUCAAGAUUUUUUAUACUAAUUGAACAAAAUAACUCGAACAUAGAUUGUGAUCAUCUUUCAUUACUCUCCAUGUUUUUUGUUUUGCUGUUGGCUAAUUCUGAUGUUGUGGGACCCGAAGUGAAUGUCUUUUCUUAAUAAAGAUUUUUUUU